UAAUGUCUACUCCCCCCUCCAUCCUCAACGCCCUCUCCCUUCCUGAAUCCACCAUCUCAACCCUCUCCACCAGUCUGUCGGGGUUCACGACAACGGGUCGGCUAACGGUACAGAAGGGGGAAGAAGGAAGAAUCUACUUCGUCAAGAUAUCGGAUGGAAGAGUCGCGCAGGAGAUGUUCCGCGGGGAGUUUACAUCUUUGAACGCCAUUGCGGACGCGGUGCCGGGCUUCUGUCCGCGCGGGGUAGCGUAUGACUCUCUCGACGCGAGCAGCAAGAAAUGGUUCCUUAUCACCGAGUUUCUGGACUUGACUGGAUCGAAAGGUGCGAGGGAUACGAAGAACGGACUGGCGAGUCGGUUGGGAAGGCUGCACUCUACGCCUGCGCCAAGGAUAAAUGAGCAACGGAUGUUCGGGUUCCCCGUGCCUACGUUCUGCGGCGACACGAAGCAGGCCAACAUGGCGCGAGAGUCGUGGGCGCAGUUCUACGCCGAGGACCGGCUGCUGGGGAUCCUGGCCAUCUCGGAGCGGCGCAACGGGCGCGACACCAGUCUAAGGGAGAUGGUGGAGAGGACGGCCGAGAAGGUCGUGCCCGCGUUACUGCGCGCUGGUCAUUUGGGAUUCGAUAGCAAAGGGGCCGGACAGGAGAUCACGCCCGUGGUCGUGCAUGGGGAUCUCUGGAGUGGGAAUGCGGGCUAUGGGCGGAUCAUCACACGGGGAGAAGCAGACGAGGGCAACACCGACGAGCGCAGAGAAUCGGAUGGCGGUGCUGUCGUGUAUGACCCGUCUGCGUGCUAUGCUCAUAGCGAGUACGAGCUGGGGAUCAUGCGCAUGUUCGGCGGCUUUGAGCCGGCGUUUGUCGACGAGUACCAUCGCAUCGUGCCCCGGACGGAGCCUGUGGACGAGUACGAGGACCGCAUCGCUUUGUACGAGUUGUGAGUUUUUGAUUUGUAUCACCCUGUGGAGAGAGCAUGGGAGAGCUUUGAAGAGCUUUGGCUGAUAUCUUCAGGUACCACCAUCUGAACCACCAUGUGAUUUUCGGCGCAGGGUAUCGCUCGGGGGCAGUCUCGAUCAUGCGCAACUUGAUUGCCAAGUAUGAUAGGAGCGGAUAGACAGGUAUGAGAUGGAGUAAUAGCUCCCAGUCGUGACAGACCCAGCAUCUGCAGACAUCAGUGAUAGAGUAUUAUCUCGAUAUAUAGUUCUUGAUAGCACCUAACCCAAGUCAUAUGUUGAUAACACCCCAUGAAGAGCUGG